GGGAGGUCUGGGAAGGCCUCCGCGGUCUUCUCGUGUCAGAACCUGCUGCUGCCCCCCACCCCGAUCCCCACAGUUCUUGCCCCAUACGGACCUCGGCGCUUAUAUUGGGCUAAUUAUGGGUCUCUUGCUUGUGCGCCACAGCGCAUGCCCUAGUUCCGGGUCACGUGAUGCCUGUCAUGGCCGCCUCCGUGGCUUGGGGCGGCGUGAAUGCCGGGUACUUGCUACGGAUUGCCAAGGGUCCCUGGUGGAGCCGAUCUGGGUGUUUUAGGGGAUCCGGGGAGGCAGCAGCGAUAACCAGAAAAUUCCGGGUGACAGGCUCGCGCUCGGCCGGGGAGGAAGAACAGAGCGGCCCAGAGCGGCCCGGGGACGUGGUGAACGUGGUGUUCGUAGACCGGUCAGGCCAGCGGAUUCCGGUGAGAGGCAGAGUCGGGGACAAUGUUCUCCACCUGGCCCAGCGCCAUGGGGUGGACCUGGAAGGGGCCUGUGAAGCUUCCCUGGCAUGCUCUACCUGCCAUGUGUAUGUGAGCGAGGACCACCUGGACCUUCUGCCUUCUCCUGAUGAGAGGGAGGAUGACAUGCUGGACAUGGCCCCCCUCCUCCAGGAGAACUCCCGGCUAGGCUGCCAGAUCAUGCUGACACCUGAGCUGGAAGGAGCUGAAUUCACCCUGCCCAAGAUCACCAGGAACUUCUACGUUGAUGGUCAUGUCCCCAAGCCACACUGAUAUGGGCAGCUGGACCAUCCCAGACACCAUGGCCCCACGACCAGGACUGGAGGAAUAGCUAAGUUGCCAGCCCAGCCCAGAGCAUGGACAGGCCCAAGAGAGAUUUCAGAAGCACCAAGAAGGCCAAAUGCUUCAGAGAGAUCCCAUGCCCAGGCUCUGGUGGAGACGGCCUCUGUUGGGGUGGCCUCUCCAAGCCCCUGAGAAUCUGGGUGUGGAUAGGGUUGGAAUCGAGAGUGACAAUAAAACCAUCUUGCAGAACUCCAGCAUCUUGAGUGUCCUUAGCCGGGAGGUCGGGGGCAGCCCCGCCCCCGCCCCCGGGUCUACAAUGGUAUCUUCCAGGCCCUCACCCCUCGCCUCCCACAGCAGUGAUGGGGCCAGCGGGGAAACUGAGGCAGGGGCCUAGAGGAGGGGUCCUGGGAGC